GAACCUGUGUAUGCAUUCACAUAUUUAAGGAUGUCAUCUGUUAUAUUACGAUGCUUUUUAGUCGUCGCCUCAUUGACGCUGACCACGUGCAGUGAGGAUGGACUUUCUAAAUGGGUUUUCCCGAAACAAACUCGUGCUAUGCCGGCUUGUUCUGCGAUUGAUAAUUCUACCACCGUCGACGUCAACACUGAUACUGAGGUUAAUGCUACAUGCCAAUCGUCGUGUUUAGUUAACACGACUGAAAUAUGUGACUAUAACAUUUCUACCUUACCUUGUGAUGACUCGGGAUGCAAGUGGUGCGCUAAAGAUGGUGAUCUGAAACGUCAUAUAGAUGAGGGUAUUGAUAUAUGUCCAUGGUUUUGUCACACCGACUGUGAAAAGAUUGGAGGGGUGUGUAGACGAGAAUGUAAAGACAACGAGCACAUUGGAAAACUAAAUGAUACCUGCCCAUUCCCCAAAUACUGCAAUUGCUGCAAACCACCAGGCCCAACACAACGGCCACCAUGGAAUGGCAGUAUACAGGGAGAUCCGCAAAUUCAUACGUUCGAUGGUUUUCAUUAUAUGUAUAAUGGCCAUAGCGAUUGCGAGUACGUAUUCUUUCAAGAGUGUGUGCCUCGUCCAUCAUUCUCUGUUUUGAUCAGAUACCAUUAUCUGCAGGAAGCUAUGAAAAUGGUGGUUACUGAAGUUUCGAUUGUUUUCAAUGGUGACCGUGUUACCUUGAUUGAAGACAGGCUUUACAUAAAUGGCGAAAUCCAUAACAUUCUUACUCCACUGAUACUCGGAAAGCUUACAGUGACACGAGAUAAUGCAGGAUACGUGAGAGCAAAACUGGAUUCAACAUUUACAUUGACAUGGAACGGCAAAGGACGCGUUGUUCCUGUUCUGGACAAAUCUAUGUUUGGAAAAGUGUGUGGCAUGUUGGGAAAUGCUGACGGGGACCCAUCUAAUGAUAUGAAGAUACCGAUGCCAAAUGGGACACUGAAAUUAGUUACUGAGUCUGAUGAAUUCGGGGACAAAUGGAUUGUACCAGGAAGUUGCAGUAUAUAAUCCAAAAAGAGGACGCUGUUAUUGAGAAAAUCUACAAUAACUUAUUCAACGUUGGUGACGGGUCUUUGGUUUAAAUUAUUCGUAUGUAAAAUACAUGUAAUAGUAAUAGUCAACACAUUAUGUUUUAGUGGUAAUAAAAUACAGUUACAGUAAA